GCCACUGUAUGUAAUAAUUUUUUUCGGAGACCUGAAACGGAAUUGUUUUGGACGUCUGCAAAUAUAUAGUUUGACCGUAAUUUGUACUUUACUGACGAAUUUGGAGACUCGUAGAUGAGCAGAUGAAGCAAUAACGAUGACCGAUGCGGGAAGGAAAGCUCUGGAAUCUGAGAUUCUUUUUUACAUCACAGCUGCCUUGGUCACCUUUUUGGCUUUCAUAAUAUCUUUCAAGUGGGUGUACAGGAAGACUGCCAGGAAGAAUGUGUGUCCAGUCCAUCCAGAUGGAGAUAAAAGAAAGUCAAUAACAGAAGAUAAAUCAUUGCAAGCAUCGUCAGGAGGAGACGGGGAAUCGACGAAAGAAUCAAUCGCUGACGAUGAUGAAGAUGACAUCAAAGACCUCCUCAUCAACCACGAUGACAUCAAACCAUUAGAUUCUGAACAGACCAACGAAAAGGAGCAUGAUGGGGAAGGUGAUGAUAUUGAGUCCAAGACGCAACAUCUAGCGGGGCCUCAGAAAACAAAGAAAUUGGUUGAAGAGGUCUCCAAGAUGAUGUCAGAUGAACAGAAGGAGGAAGAAAGAAGGAUUCAAUCAGAACAACUAGAGGCAAUCUUCAAGCUGGUGCAGAACCAACAAGACACAUUUGGGAUUGGAUCAUUAGAGGAUAUUGAGGAUCAAUUCAAACUUUAUGCAUAGCACAUACAUGUACCUACCUUAUCAACAGAGCUGCUACUGGUGAACAGCCUGCAUAGCACAUGCCACAUCAUUCUACUGGGUUGUUGUCAGAAAAAGUUUUCUUACCAAUCAUUAACAUAUAAAGAAGUUGUGAGUUUUCAUGUAUGUUGUAAGUACUUAUACUCUAAAUAUGAAGCAAUAGAAACGGAUCAAUUGAACUGGUUUACUUGCAUGGUCUGGUAGUAGGUUUGUUUUACAAGAUUCCAAUAAGGUAAAAAAACUAACAAACUUUGUGUGCUGUAACCUGAUGGACCCUACUAAGCAUGCCAAUUCAAAUUUACCCCUCCCCCCAAAAAAAAAUAAAUGAAUAAAUAAAUAAGUAAGAAAAUAAAAAACUAAAUUAAUAAAUAUGCAGCCAACCUUGAUUUUUGUGAAUGAUUUCUGCCUAUCUUGUCUUUUUUUUUAAAGUUUAGAAUUGAAGAAUGACAUGGUAGAGCAGUGGACACUCAUGGCUGAUUGAUUGAUCGAUGCAUUCGCAUGGCUCUAUGUAUGCGAAAGAUGUGGCUAUCUUGUAAUAACAGUUUGUCUUUGUUAGCUGAUUCUAACAUCCUCAAAACGAUUUCUGUGUAAUUGAAGCAAUUUUCUUUUGAAGGAGCUGGCUGCUUAAAGAGAUUUAUUUCAUGAAAAAUAGGGAAAAUAAAGUUCCAGCUCUUUCAAGCCAGUUAGCUUCACAUGAUUCAGUUUGAUAUGUUUGCAUAGGAAUUUCUUGCCAACACAAGUUCGUUGCAACAGACCCAAGACCUGAAAGAAGACUCAAGAAAUAGCAUGAAUUUACAGACAAUUGUACUUGUCAUAAGUAGGAUGACUAAAAAAUAUUUAUGGUGGUAGUAUAUUGCCUCUCAUUAUUAUGGUCAUAUUAUGCCAUAAGGUACACCAACCCAAAAUCAUUGCACAUUAAAGAAUGAAGGUUUCAAUUGAACCAAUACUGAAUAGCACAGUUACCCCGGGUUUCGUAUGAUGUGUAUUGAGGAACCCAUGCCUGUUUUGAAGAUGGUGGAAGAUGGGUGUAUGAUUUUUGUUUAUUGUUGAGUUUUGUGUGAAGUUAGUUCUUGUGUCACUGACAUGUGUAAUGUAUGUACUCUAUACAUCACCACUGAUCAUUCAAUAUCAAAGUGAUAUUUAUACUGUGGAUUUACCAUGUAUCUUUCAUGACCCUGCCCUGGGACCUGUUUCAUUCAGACUUGUUAGGAUAACAAAUGCGCUAUCAGCCAAUCAAAUGAGAUGAUUUCAGUAGUUUUGAACUGUUAUUAUUGCAAAUUUGUUAUGAUAACAAGUGCUUGUGAAAUGGGCCCCUGUCCUUGUCCAUGCCUUUCCUACAUGUAUGUGAUCUAUCAAUGUGAAUGAUUGAUGUGUGAUGCAUGGAUACAAUAGCAGCAAUAUUAAUAGUUCAUUCUCUGAAGGCAAAAAGAAAAAGAAAGAGAAAAAUCAUUUGCUGGGUUAGAUUUUUAGAUUUGUAUGAUUGAUAGACAUACAUGUACACUGUUCUGUAACCUAUAGUUAUUAAUCUGUUAAAUUGAAGGAACCUACUCAGUUAAUGGAUGUAAAAAUUUGUGUACCC